UGAUAUCAUUUUACGUAUGAUGUGAUGAACACUUAUAUUGGAUUAUUGUUUACAAUUGUUAUUAUUAACUUAAAAGAGACCAAUAACACUUGUCAACAGUUCUACACAACCAUCCAUUUCAAUUAAUUCAAUAGUGGAAAUAGCUGUCGCAUUAAAGUGUACUGUAUAUAAUAUAUUAUUUUAACGAAUCAGAACCACUAAAGAGACCCAUAACCUUAAAAUAUAGCUGCGACAUCAUCAGCUGUUACCAACAAAACUGACAUUUACAUUAUUGUCAAUAGUUUCUUUCCAAGCAUCACACUUCCGAAAUAUUUGAUUUUAUACAAAAGUUAGUGUUAUAAUUCUUCUUUAAAUUCAUAAAAGUUAUCUUGAUGCAUUUUUUUGUGAAAUGUAAAAUAUAAGAACUAAAAGACGGGCGUUGUGUAUACAAGCAAAGUGUAAUAAAAAUUAAUUCUCGAUGUUUUCGCCGAGGUGGGAAGCAAACGAAGUAAAACAAGUAGAAUUUUAGUGUUCAUUAAAUAAUAAAGAAAAAAAAAGAAAAACAAUGGAACACGUGUUAAUAAAAGAUAUUCGCCCGGGUCAAAAGAAUAUCAAUGUCGUUUUUAUUGUUCUCGAAGUUGGACAUCCUACAAUUACCAAAGAUAACCGCGAAGUUCGAACAUUUAAAGUUGCUGACAAUACAGCUUGUAUGAACGUUUCAAUUUGGGACGAGCCAGGAACUUUAUUGGUACCUGGUGAUAUUGUGAGACUAACCAAGGGAUACGCAUCAGUUUGGAGACAGUGUUUAACUUUGUAUUCGGGAAAGAAUGGUGAUAUUCAAAAAAUUGGAGAAUUUUGUAUGGUUAUCAAUGAACAGCUAAAUAUGAGUGAACCAAAUCCUCAACUUGCUCAGCAAAUAGUUAAUCAAAGUGGUUCCGGUCCUCCAGGAAGUAACGCCAACAGUAGUAUAACGAAUAACGGAAAUGCAAAUAAUGUCUCGGGAAACAGUGGAAGAGCACCUUUGGCAAUCCAGAGCAAUGCAACAACUCCGGCAAGUGGAACGUCCAGUAGUUCGACAUCAAGUAAAAGUGAAUCAGGAACAAAAUCAUCAACAACAAAAAGUAGUACUCGCGGUCGAGGAAACUACAGAAACGGCAGUCGAACUGAUAGAAGAUAACACACGAGUGAGACGUUAACUAAUUUGUAAAAAAAAGUAAUUAAAAAUGUUACCGAUUACAAAAAAUAUCAUCAUACCGAAAAUGAUGUUUAUAUCAUUUACCAUUUAACAUUUUCACUUUUUUUACAAAUUUCUAGAGACAAAAAGUUUUUACGGAAAAGCAAUUUUUGAAAUAUCUUUAAAAGAUUCUUUUUUUUGUAUUUAUUCAACCACUUCCACUACGUAAUUUGUAACAUACAAGUUUGAUUGUAAAAUUAUACCGAAAUUAUUGUUAAUAGGAAUUUUAGUAUUAAAUCAGUGUUCAGAACGACUGAAAUUUUGUACACUUUAGUUUACACAUUUUAUUUUCCAGUUUUUCAAUAUAAGAUAAAAAAAGAUUUUCAAGUGGAAGGUGUGAAAUUUUUGUAGUUGAUUUUAUAAUUUAUUUUUCAACUAUUUUAAAAUUGUAGAAAAGAGAAAAUUAUGUCACACGAAAUAAUUAAUUCUGUAAUUAAUUACAAUUUAAAUGAAUAAAAAUGAAAAUCUGG